AUGAGUGUCUCAAGACCUGCAAGAUGUCUUUUCCCGGCCCCCUCGAUACCGACAAUACGGCCUCGCAUUCGCUGUCGAAACCUUCAUUCAUCCCCUAACCUCUGCGAGAGACGAAAGCCCAGAUAUGCCAGCAUCAAAGCCUCCGAUAUGGGCCUUGUCUCCAAGCCAGCAGCUCGAGAUCUUUUCAAGCGUUAUGACACAGAAGAGAAGGCUGCUCUUGCUAAAAGGUACACGCCUGCGCAAAUGGAAGCUAUCGAAGCUGCGGAAGAGGCAAUCGACCCCGACGACCUCAGCGAGCGGGGUGUGAUACGUACGGACUGGGGGAGUCUCAGUUACCUCGAUGAUUUCAGUCAGAUGCAGCCGACGAUAGACAAGAAGAUUAAGAGGGAGGGCCCUAUUGAUCCAAAGGAGAGGCUUAUGACGCCAGAGGAGUACGCCCAGCAUCACAAGGACUAUUUCAUGAAGAUUAUGGACGAGAACGAAGUGCCCAUUGAUUUCGAUCGCCAAGAUCCAGAGCAGGCCAAGAAGCUCCGUCCAAACCGACUCGAUCUUUUCAAAUCAUGGGACGAGGUUCCAGACAUGAUAGGUUCAAAUGGCCCUUUGAAGAGCGAGUCUAUGCUUGCACCAGGAAUUCCUCGCAAUUUCGAGUCAGCUGUAGAUCCAGAGGCUGAGACGAAGGGUGAAGAUGAAGAUCCGAGAGAUCCAGACGGAAGAUACGAUCUUCUAAGGAAACAGACGGGCUUGAGCUUAGACCAAAUUCUCAAAUACAAUGUGAAGAUAUUGGUCAAACAUCGCGUUGUCAAUCAAACUCGUUUGGGCAAGAUCCAAAGUAUGUACAUUCUUGCAAUUGCUGGGAAUGGGGAUGGCAGAUUGGGGUUGGGACAAGCAAAGGGACAAGAACUUGAAGAUGCCAUGAUGAAUGCACGGAUCCAAGCUAUUCGAAACAUGCAACCAAUUCCGCGGUAUGAAGAGCGCACGAUCUAUGGAGAAGUGGAAGGGAAGGUUUCUGCUGCUGAGGUGAAGCUUAUGUCCAGACCACCAGGGUUUGGUCUGCGCUGCCAGCACCUUAUAUUCGAAAUGGCCCGCGCCGCCGGUAUCCAGGACCUCGCCGCCAGAGUCCCACGUUCCCGAAACAAGAUGAACACUGUCAAGGCAACAUACGAGGCAUUGAUGAAGCAGAGGAUCCCAGACGAGGUCGCGCGUGGGAGAGGGAAGAAGCUUGUAGAUGUACGGAAGGUGUAUUAUGCAGGUCGUGUAUAA